AUGGCCGACUCCGAACCGUUCCCUCUUCUCAACACAUCUGUCGACCAAUUGCACUCCGUCGUCGACCAUCAUACUUCAAACUCACCUCGCACACGACGUCGGAAGUCUAGCGCUUUCGGUCAGGACAUCCGCGCCGGUGACACUGGUCCUGCAUAUGCAAGCUAUACUGCCGGGGACAGCCCUAUUCCGCCUUCCCAACCUACCAAACGAAUCUCCAAACGCCGGCGUGCACGCGGCGUCCUCUCUCGUUUCCGUCAGGCCAUGAUCAAACACACAUACAUUGUUCCCGCCAUCAUCAUUGCCAUCUUUGCCGCCCUUUAUGCCGUAAAUCCGUCCGAAUCGAACCCUAUCUCCCGCUUCAUCUUCCUCUCCUACCGUCUAUCCCCCGACCCAGCAAACCCUGAUGCGCCUGCUCAAUAUGGCAAGGGUCUUUGGGACAUUGCCUUCGUGGCAUUCUAUACCAUUGUCCUCACCUUCACCCGUGAGUUCAUCAUGCAAGAGCUCUUGAGGCCACUAGCUCGCGCCGCCGGACUACGGUCUCGUGGAAAGCAGGCUCGCUUCAUGGAGCAGAUGUACACUGCCAUAUACUUUGGCUGUCUCGGUCCCGCCGGUCUAUAUGUCAUGAGCAAGACUCCAGUUUGGUACUUUAGCACCCGCGGAAUGUACGAAGACUUCCCGCACAUGACGCAUGAGGCCGGCUUCAAAUUCUACUACCUCUUUCAAGCUGCCUACUGGGCGCAACAGGCCUUGGUAUUGUUGUUGGGUCUGGAGAAGCCCCGUAAGGAUUACAAGGAACUGGUCGGCCACCAUAUCGUCAGUCUUGCUCUGAUUGGACUCAGCUAUCGCUUCCACUUUACCUACAUGGGGUUGGCAGUCUACACUACACACGAUAUCAGUGACUUCUUCCUUGCUACUUCGAAGACGCUCAACUACAUUGAUUCGCCAAUUGUCGCGCCAUACUUUUUUUUCUUUGUAUGCGUCUGGAUAUACCUGCGUCAUUUCAUCAACCUCAAGAUCAUUCUUUCGCUUUUCACUGAGUAUACCACCGUCGGACCCUUCGAGCUUAACUGGGCCACCCAGCAGUAUAAGUGCACGCUUUCCCAAUACAUCACCCUCGGUCUCCUUGCUUCUCUGCAGGCCCUGAACCUCUUCUGGCUCUUUCACAUCUUUCGCAUUGCCUACCGCUUUCUUGCGUACGACAUUGCUGAGGACGAUCGCAGUGAGGCCGAGGGCACGGAUGCCGAAGACGAAACUCAGCAAAAGGCUCUGGCUGCAGGAAAGACCAAUGGUCACACCACGGCUGUGAAUACCAGUGCGGCAGCAAAGGCCAGAGCUGUAAAUGGCCACGCGAGGUGA